AUGUCCGCUGCGUCGGACGAGCUGAUGUCCAUGCUGGUCAGAUACAGAACGUAUGCCAUCGAUGGUGUGAAGAGGCGCUUGUUGGCAGAGGACAGUGCAUGCUUGCAAUACAUUGUUCAGUCACUGACGAAUCAUGAGCAGUCGAUCGUUCAGGCGGCAUUGGAAGUUUUGGAGCUGAUUUGUAGUGACGUUAAAACUCGUUCGUUUGUCCACUUGAUUUCAGGUGUAUUUGAAAAGAAACUGGCCAAGAUACUUCAAUCAACGCUGCUGAAAUUGAAAGGAAUCGUUAGCAUAUAUUUCACUGACAACCACAGAAAGUGCAUCAUAAGGAUGCGACCCGAGGUCACGUUAGAGGCGAUUCGUUGCAUAGUAAAUGGUUGCAAAUUACCUGAUUUGGAAUGGGUGUACAAAGACGCAAAUGGGAUGCAAGUUCGCUUUUCGUCUUUAAGCGAUCUGCGCUACGACUGCAGUUCUGAUUCCUGUGACAACUUGCCAGGGUUUCAUGAUGACAACCCGUUGGACUCGAAUACAGCCCUUGUUUCGGCACGGCAACAAAAAGUUACCUCCGGUGGUGGCUGGCACUGGUGGGACAGUGUCGCUUCGUUCAUCAGCGAUAACGUAUUGUGGUAA